GAGGGGGGGGGGGGGGAAGAAAAGAAGAAAAGUACAAUAGAAAUUCCUAGAAAUUCAUUGUUUUCUUUUGAAAAAUGACCGUUAAUUUCGGACGUCAUAAUUUAACGAUCCCUAAACGAAUGAAGCUAAUGGAACUUUUUCACUCCACAAAAUUAUUUUACAGAUGUAUUGAAUGUUAAUAUUGAAACAAUUGGUUUUAAAAAUAGUUAUGAAAGUUUGAUAAUUAGCUGAAAUAGAUGCUUAAAAGAGUCUUUUGUUAAGCACAAUAAAUCACGAAAAUAAAUUUAAUUAAAAAAAAAUGUGAAACUCUUUCCUGAUAAGAUCAAUUAAAGGGGUUAAAAACCAACAAGCUUUAGAUCUAAAAUUCUUUGUCAAAAAUGGACAAAGUGAAAUUUCUAGGAUUGCUGCUCAAAAUGUCCAAAAGUAGCAAAAUAUCUAAAAAAAAUGUUCAUCAUUAGUAUUUUAGUAUUCAAACUGUACAGAUGGCUAAUUACGAUCCAAUAAAAAGAAUUCUAAGUGGCAAGCGAAUGCCUCAAAUUUAUGAAAAAUUUGCAUCAGUUGGGCAAGUUGUACUGCAUGUUUUGCAUAAAAAUCCACAAAAAAUAUUUCAAGUGAAUGAUGAUGACGGUAUUGAACUAACAGGAAGUCAAAUUGCCAAUAUGAUGAUCAAUAUAGCAAGGAAUAUGUAUAAAACUGGAUUGAGAAGCGGUGAUGUGGCGGGUUUAUGUGCAUCAAAUACGACAUAUAUUGCACCAGUGAUUCUCGCUUGUCUAUUAUUAAGACUUCCUAUUAAUCCUAUCGAUAAAUUUUUUGAUGUCAAUCAAAUUGUGAAUACUUUUGGUAAAACUAAGCCAAAGAUUGUGUUUUGUGACCAUGACAAUGUCGGAAAUGUUAUGGUUGCAUUAGAAACAAUGAGAAGUGAUGCAUUUAUUGUAACUCUAACAAGCCGAAUUGGUAGAUUGAUCAACAUUUACGAUUUGUUUGUUGAAUGUCGCAUGGAAAAUGAAGGAUUUAUUUACGAACUACCAACGACCAUUAUUCCAGCAUAUAUUGUAUCUACAUCAGGGAGUACGGGAAACUCAAAACUCACGCUAGUUUCACAUCAGCAACAAUUGCAACUAUACGUUUGGGUUGAAGAUCAUCAUGAUAACAGAUUUGGAUUUAAUCCUACAAGUAUGUUCUGGCUAAGUGGUAUCAUUGGUGUAGUCCAUAGAACAUUGAAUGCACAAAAACGUCUGGUAACAUCCAAGCCAUUUACUGCAGAUUUGUUUUUUGAUCUAGCUGAAAAAUACAAGAUUAACGAAGCUUCUUUGUAUACUCCGCUUCUGAAACUUUUAAUUGAAUCUCCAAGAUUUGAAAAUGCUAAUUUUAGGAACUUUGAUUUGCUUGUUACUGGUGGGGUAGCAGUUCCUGAAACCUUUCGCAAAAUAUUCCAGAAAAAAUUGAUAAACGGAAAAUUAGUAAUUGCGUACGGUAUUUCAGAAACAGGUGGAAUUACCACAACUUCGAUUGGACGUUCAACAAAUUCUACUUCAAUUGGAGUUCCACUACCAAAUAUUGAGAUAAAAAUACAGUUGGAUGAUGGAACAACCGGUUUUGUGGGAGAAAUCGGUGAAAUUUUAGUUCGACAUUCGAUUAAGUCUUUGGGUUAUUUUAAUAAUAAUCCUCCUGCCAAAUUUGACGAUGACGGCUGGCUGCAUUCUGGAGAUAUGGGAUUUAUCGAUGACAUUUACGAGCUUAAUAUUGUUGGUCAACGAACACAAGCCAUUCGAAAUAUCUACAAUGAAGUAUAUCCAUUUGAAAUUGAAAGUAGAGUUGAUACCAUUCAUGGAGUAAAACGUGUAGUUCUUGUUGGUUUGCCUGAUCCGAUUGAAAUGGAAAUUCCAACUUUAUUAGUUGUUAAAAACGCAGACUCUAAUAUUAAUGAGGCUACUAUUUUGGAAGCCUUAAGUGACCUUCCUCAUUUCCAACAGCCCAGAGGAGGAAUUUUCUUCAUUGAUGAAAUGCCUUUGACUAGAAUUGGAAAAAUCAAAAGAGAUGAAGCUAAAGAACUAGCUGCAAAGUUGAAGCUUGAGAGGCAUUCUUUAGCUAAUUAAAAUUUUCAGUGUUCGUUUACUAAUGACGUACUAGAAACUAUCCCAAAAUUAUCCAUAAAGUACCCUGUAUGCAUUAAAAUUAAGAAAUCCUAUCGAAUCCUAAAAUUAUAUGUCAAAUCAGUCUGAAUAUCUUUAUUAUCAUGCAUACAGGUUCAGGGAUUA